AUGGACCCCUCGGUGGCCCACUCUCGCGCGCCAGGCACUGUCAUGACGAUGGCCAACUCGCAGCUGCAGUCUGCCGACCCCCUUGUGCAGAGCCUGCUGUCUGACCAUGCCUUCGUAGCAGCAGUUCAAGGGCAGCAGAUGAGGACAGCCGCCAUCGCCGCCGUCACUGUAUUCAGGGCCCAAAUGGCACACCUUCCUUUCAGCUCCCCUGGGAUGACCUGCCCUUCCCUUGCUGCAGCUGGUGCCCGAUUACCUCAGUUGAAAACGAGAGAAGAUCCAGAUGGAGUGUUGUGUCGUCAAAUUAGUCGCCAGGCCUCCUCAAAAUCCAGGGACAGAGAGCAAAGCAUCGUAGGGGAGAGGAUGAUUGUUCGUUCUGGCAACAAACGUGGAGGGUCUUCGAUGGCAAACAUCGAGGUUGUUGUGCUGGCUCUUGAGAUGGGGGGCUGGGCGCAUUGCCGGCGAUGUGACACUGGAGCUGUGGUGAAGCUGCCACAAAAAUGGUUGGCACCACUAGCAGGUGGAAUGACUGGAACCCCGAGGAAAGGAUCCAAUAGGAAAAGGUCCCUUGACCAGAUGGGGUCCCCCUUUGCUGCUCAAGAUGUCCAAGCUUUGACAUCAGAAGACCCAAACAGGGAUGUGCAUGACGCCUUGCACCGCAUUCGGAAAGAGAUCCUGGACCUUGAGGAAUACAUACCCUGGAAUGCAGUCUCAAGAAACUGGAAGAACAGGAGGGCCACUUGGCGAAAGAGUGUUCGAGCGAGCGAGGCGGUCACAGACCUGGCCACUCGACUAAGGGACCUGCUUGGAGCCUUGCUGUGGGACAGGACCUGGAAAACUGCUCAUGGUGGCAGGAUAUGGGAGCACGAGACAGAAGAAUGUUGCAGGGGCCAUGCUGAGGUUGAUCAACUGGCAAACUUGUGGGACAACAUUGUCCGUGAGGUACGACGAUGGAUCCAAGAAAGGGAUGUGCCCCCACAGCCCAUCACAGCAAAUGUGUCUCCAGACCAAACUGCCAGGCUUGCCAUGGCUGGACUGGAAGAGGCUGUGCUCAAAGGGGAGGAAGGGCUUAGACAGGUGCCUUUGGAUGCCAUCACCAACUGCAGCAUACGAAGCCUGAAGACUGUGAAAGAGUAUUACUUGGAGGAGGCGCGCUCCCUGAAAGCAGCCCUUGAGAAACUUCAGAACAAGGCUGUGCAUGGGGGCCCAAACGUUGAAGGCGCAGAUGAUGGCCAUCAACUGCUGGCAGAAAUGGAACUCAGGAAAAAACGCCCGCGACUGGAGGAUGAGGUGUUCGGGCAAUGUGACGAUACCAGCAGUGAGACUGAACUCAGUGACUGCUGA